GGGGACCGUUGGGGCGGAUUUGCACUCAGGGCCACCUGCGGGAUUUGUCGGUGGCGCCGCGCUCCGUCCCCGCCCCUCGCUGAGGAACGGUCGUAGCCCGGGAGUUGGGGAAAGUGCGUGUUGGCGGGGCGGGGCGGGUCUGCCAGGAGGACGUUUCCGUGGCGGCGCUCGAGGCGCGGCGUGGCGCGGCCGGACCGGGCCCGAGGGGGGGGUGGGCCGGGCCUCCCGGGGGCCUCGGAGAGGGAAGACCCCCCCGCCCCCAACGCCCGUCCACACUGGCUGACCGGACACUAAGAUGGCCGCCGUUGCCAUGACACCCAACCCCGUGCAGACCCUUCAGGAGGAGGCGGUGUGCGCCAUCUGCCUCGAUUACUUCACGGACCCCGUGUCCAUCGGCUGCGGGCACAACUUCUGCCGCGUGUGUGUAACCCAGCUGUGGGGCGGGGAGGACGAGGAGGACCGGGAGGAGCUGGACCGGGAGGAGGAGGAGGAGGACGGGGAGGAAGAGGAGGUGGAGGCCGUGGGGGCCGGCGGCGGCUGGGACACCCCCAUGCGGGACGACGACUACGAGGGGGACAUGGAGGAGGAGGUGGAGGAGGAAGAGGAGGGCCUGUUCUGGAACGGUGGCAUGGGCGGGUCCAACUGGGAGAACAUGGACUACGUGUGGGAGGAGGACGAGGAGGAGGAGGACCUCAACUACUACCUGGGGGACAUGGAGGACCUGAGGGGCGAAGAGGAGGAGGACGAGGAGGAAGUGCUGGAGGAGGACGAGGAGGAAGAGCUGGACCCCGUCACCCCGCUGCCCCCGCCCCCGGCCCCCCGCCGCUGCUUCACCUGCCCCCAGUGCCGGAAGAGUUUCCCCCGGCGGAGCUUUCGCCCCAACCUGCAGCUGGCCAACAUGGUGCAGGUGAUCCGUCAGAUGCACCCCAACCCGGGCCGGGGGAGCCGCGUCAACGAGCAAGGCAUCUGCCCCAAACACCAAGAAGCCCUGAAGCUGUUCUGCGAGGUGGACGAGGAGGCCAUCUGCGUGGUGUGCCGGGAAUCGAGGAGUCACAAGCAGCACAGCGUGGUGCCGCUGGAGGAGGUGGUGCAGGAGUACAAGGCCAAACUGCAGGGGCAUGUGGAACCUCUUCGGAAGCACCUCGAGGCUGUGCAGAAGAUGAAAGCCAAGGAGGAGAGGCGAGUGACUGAGCUGAAGAGCCAGAUGAAGUCAGAGCUGGCGGCUGUGGCAUCAGAGUUUGGGCGGCUGACACGGUUUCUGGCUGAAGAACAGGCCGGGCUGGAGCGGCGCCUUCGGGAGAUGCACGAGGCCCAGCUGGGACGCGCGGGAGCCGCCGCCAGCCGCCUGGCCGAGCAGGCUGCCCAGCUAAGCCGCCUGCUGGCCGAGGCGCAGGAGCGGAGCCAGCAGGGAGGCCUGCGGCUGCUCCAGGACAUCAAGGAGACUUUCAAUAGGUGUGAAGAGGUACAACUGCAGCCCCCGGAGAUCUGGUCCCCUGACCCGUGCCAGCCUCAUAGCCAUGACUUCCUGACAGACGCCAUCGUGAGGAAAAUGAGCCGGAUGUUUUGUCAGGCUGCAAGAGUGGACCUGACACUGGAUCCCGACACAGCUCAUCCAGCCCUGCUGCUGUCCCCGGAUCGCCGGGGGGUCCGCAUGGCGGAACGGCGCCCGGAUGUGGCAGACCAUUCCAAGCGCUUCUCCAGUGACUGCUGUGUACUGGGGGCCCAGGGCUUCCGCUCUGGCCGGCACUACUGGGAGGUAGAAGUGGGCGGGCGACGGGGCUGGGCGGUGGGUGCUGCCCGAGAAUCAACCCACCAUAAAGAAAAAAUGGGCCCUGGGGGGUCCUCUGUGGGCAGUGGGGAUGCCAGUUCCUCACGCCAUCACCAUCGCCGGCGCCGGCUCCACCUGCCCCAGCAGCUCCUGCUCCAGCGGGAAGUGUGGUGUGUGGGCACCCAUGGCAAACGCUACCAGGCACAGAGCUCCACAGAGCAGACGCUGCUGAGCCCAUGUGAGAAACCGAGGCGCUUUGGCGUGUACCUGGACUAUGAGGCUGGGCGCCUGGGCUUCUACAACGCGGAGACUCUAGCCCAUGUGCACACCUUCUCAGCUGCCUUCCUGGGCGAGCGUGUCUUCCCUUUCUUCAGGGUGUUCUCCAAGGGCACCCGCAUCAAGCUCUGCCCUUGAUUAGCCUGCCACCCGCAGGGGCCCCUCUGGUCAGCACUGGCAGGGCGGGUGGUGGUGGAUGGUGGCCCGCAAGUUUGGGAGCUCAAGGGCUCCUCCCUCUGUUUGUUACUGUGUUGCUUCCUGCUCCCUCUUGGCCCCUGCUUCUCCCUAUAGGAGCCUAAAGAACCCUCCUGGCUUCCAGCUCAGCCUUCUCUCACCUACUGUCUGUCCAACAGGUCUGCAUGGGUCCCCUUGAUAAUGAGAACAGCUGCCUCAUCUUUUCCUCCCUUCCUGUCUGCCUAUCCCAGUUCAGCCUUGGGGUCAGAGUUUGAGUAGGGGAUGAUGGGCGAUAGUCAUUUUCAUUCCUCUUUUUUGUUUUCCCACCCACCCCUACUCUUCAACCUUUGUCAUUUCUGAGACUGGAGGGUUUGCACAGGACUUACAAAGAAUCAUUCCACUUUCUGAUGCAAAUUUUAGCUAAGGGAUUUGGAAAUUGUGGGGAGGCAGGCUGGGCAAAGGGUAGAGCUGGGUAAAGAAAUGUCUACUCUACUGGGAUAGGAGGAAUUCUAAACCUUCCUUCCAUCCCCGAUUUCUACCUCCAUAGACUGGCCAGAACUUAGCUUCAGUGAGAGAUCUGGGAUGGUCGACAUGACUGAAACUACAUACCAUUACAUCACCCAAUAAGUUAUUUUUCCCCCUUAUUUCUGGCAAUGUAGGAGCCAAGCUCGGCCCACCCUAUCCUCAAGGUCUGUUCACUGCCAGGCUCCUCCCCUCCCUUAUUCAGUGAAGUUGCUUUUGUCAGUUUCCAGCUUCUCCCCAUGCCUUUUUAGUUCCUCCCUGUGGUAAACCCCGAUGGGGAGUCUGGGGAUAAGAGCAGGGGUAGAUCCCCUGAGGAGAGCUUUGGGUAUAAUCUAUUUUUCUAGUAACCCCAUGCCUUCUGUCAUUUAUCAGCUUUGUCCUCUGCUUUGGUGCCUGAGGUCGUUCAUGUUCUUGGGGGUUAAAAAAAAGGGAAGGUGGGUUGUGUUGCAGAAAUAAAAUGUUUAUUUGCUUCUUU